AUGGCGUCGUUGCGUGAGCUAACUAAAAUCGAACGUGGACUCGUUGAUUCCCUAUCUAACCUUGAAUUAUUUGUGGAGACAUAUGAUGACGAGAAAGAUAAAAUCAAAAUUAGUACUCGUUUGGAUCGAUUAGAAGCCGUUUUCUCAGAAUAUCGAAAAAAUCGUGCAAAAAUUGAGACACGUCAGGAGCAAGAGUUAAGCCUUACUACCGAACCGGCAGACGCCAAGGAAAGACAAGUGCAAUUAGAGGUUGAAGCUUCGAACAAAAAAUCACGUGUCGAGUUCGAGAAUAGAUAUUUCGAUGUUAAAGAUUUUCUCUCUGCUCGGCAUGUACAACCGACUGCUGCAGCCAUACCCUCUCUUCCUCAUCCGCUCGGCCAACCCAUUACUUCCCGAAUUCAUCUGCCAGUAUUCAAAAUCCCUUCCUUUGACGGUAGUGUUAAAGAUUGGUUGAGUUUUCGAGAUUCUUUUCAAAGCAUGAUUGAUAAGGAUCCUUCUCUCACGGCGGUCGAUAAGUUCCAUUAUCUUCUAACGGUGCUAUCUAAAGAUGCUAAGACGCUUGUAGAGUCUAUUGAAGUAACGACUACAAAUUAUGAAGUGGCUUGGACAAUGUUAAAAGAUCGAUUUGAAAAUCGGAAGAUUAUUACUCGUACGCUCAUGGACGGAUUUCUAGACACAGAUCCAAUGAAAAAAGAAUCUUAUGACGGGUUAGUGAUGCUCAUCGACUUGUACGAACGUAAUUUACUUCAGUUGAAAAAGUUAGGACUCGUUACUGAUGGUUGGUCACAUCUUCUGGCACAUUUACUAUAUAAACGUUUGGAUUCCGAGACUCAGCGACAUUGGGAACGAUCUCACAAAUCUCGCGAAGCACCCAAAUACCAGGAACUGUUAAAAUUUCUUCGCGAACAUCUUACAACUCUCCAACCACUGACUCUCACCAAAAUUCGAGGACCGGAUCAACGUCAUGAGUCUUCGAAUUUUGGUGAGAGUCAGUGGUUGGAGAGUUGUAAGAUGUUCGCGAAGAAAUUUUAA